CGUUUCACAGGUCCCCGACCCGCAAGAACGAAUACUUUUUUCCCGCUGUUUUAGCUCUCAGCAGUCAAAAGUCUUCCGCCCUUGAAGCCUCGAAAUGGCGGGAACGCUGAGCCGCUUCUUCGAGUCGGCGUCGGCGGCGACUGGCGCCUGCGCGCGCAUCCGCGCGGACGCGGCGCUGCUGGAGAAGGCCCAGGGCCUCUACGACCAGAUCCUGCCGGCCGCGCCGAUGGCAGGCGCGGCCGAGAGCAACGCGCGCAGCGGCGACAGCGAGCCGGACAAGAUCUGGGCGCUGGUGGCCGUCGUGGCCACGGGGAUGGCGCAGGAGAUCAAGCAGGAGCAGGCGGAGGAGGACAAGCGCCCGGCACAUAGUGACAAGGCGCUGGGGUGGGACCUGGUGCAGCUGCUGGCCGAGGCGGGUGUGGGGCUGCAGGAGUUCCUGCUCUACUUCACGAGCCUCUUCAACCGGCUGCUGCUGGAGCCCGAGCUGCUGGCGGCCACGACGCUGCUCAAGGAGGAGUUCACGAUCGCCACGCUGCUCUUCGAGAAGUACCGCGUGCUGUGGGAGGCGCUCGCGCCCAAGAGCAGAGCGAGGGGCGUCGUCCACACCGAUCCAGAGCCCGAGCGGAGUCUGCUACUGGAGGAGGAGGGCCAAGAGCAUACGGAGACUAAGACGAGGGCGCGCCACCGGAAGCUGUUCGAGGGAGGCUGGCUGCUGUUCCUCUUGGCGAAAAGGAGGCUGGGCGCGCAUUAUUCGGGGCUGGGACAACUGUACAACUUGCUGCUGGCGACGCUGCACCUGGUGGUGACCAAUGCGCAGGCGUCGCAGGCCUCGGUGGAGGCCGAAGUGGCGGCGGCGCUCAGUGCCAUGGGCGCACUUGGAGAUGGCAAGGCGUCGCCGGUCAAGCCUGCAGCGGGGGUGAAGACGAGCGCGCAGAUUCUCGAGGCGCUGUGCGCGGCGCCGAAAGUGGAUCCGGCGGACGUUUCGCGCGCGUCUGAACACCUGGGGCUUGUACUGCAGCAGCUGAAAGAUGAAGACGUGCUGCAGAGGGAGGAGGGGGAGAAUGGCGUGCUGAGUAUGACGCUGUUCGCUGAUGCGGUGCUGGAAGCGAAUGUGGAGAGACUUUCGGACAGAUACAAGGAGGAUUACCUGGAUGGCUGCGGGAAGCUGGAUGAGCGGUUCUUCUUGGAUGCUCGCAUUCGUCGUGCGAUUAUGGGAGCGAAACCCGCGGAUACUGGUAAUGGAGGAGCGGGCACAACAACGACUACGGGCUCAAGUGGCAGGUUGAGUACCAGUCGAAGCGCGGCGCAUGCGAUGCUGUCUCCAGUUCGUCGCAAUAUGAUGGCACGGAGACGAGAGACCGGUGCCAGUACCCCGUCUUCGCGUGGAGCCAUGACCCCUCCUCGCCACCACCAGCAACCAUUCCACGGUCGUGGAAUCAAUUCCCCUCUGAUGCAUUCAUGGCAGUGGCAAGGCUCACCAGGAGGCGCUCGAUUCCUUCCUCCUGGCAUCAGUCCCCGGCCAUCGCCGAGCUCCAUGCGCACUCCUGUUAGUGCGGCUGUGGAGACGAGCAACUGGGUACGUGAGACCUUGUCAAGUACGAUGCUGACUCCCGUGACUCCGCGACUUCGUGGGCUCUUUUCGGAUUGUGCAGUGGACCCAACAGAGCGUAUCAUUCGUGUAUUGGGGGAACAUUCAGAUCUGCUGCUUGCAGCUCGGACAGCAACCCGCGUAAGCUCGAGAAGAGUGCGCUCGACGGUUAUGAUGAUGGAUGAUGGCCCAGAUGACAACGCAGACGAAAAUGGUAGCGGACGGAACGCAUCGUAUUCUUCGGGCGUAGAUGAUAGCCUCAAGCGCACGAAAAACCUGAGCAUCGUGCUGUUCUACCGCGUCCUCGAGCCGUUGCUGGUUUCGGAACGCGAACGACUACGCAACAACGACUUUUCCAAGCUGCUCAACAACGAGGUGUUUCUAGCGGCAUUGUUCGCGUGCAGCGCUGAGGUCGUGCUCAAAGCUCACUCGCUCAUCACGAUUUCGUACCCGUUCCUGCUCGACCACCUGCGCGUGAAUGCCUUUCACUUCGUUACGACCAGCGAGAGCUUUGUCAAGUACGCACCAAAACUCCCUGCAGCGUUGAAGAAGCACAUGGGAGACGUGAAGAACCGCAUUCUGGACUCUCUCGUGUGGCGAUCCGACUCGGCGCUUUAUCAGCUCCUUGCGGGUGUUCGCCGCCCGCCCACGUCUGUUCCAGGAACCCCGCUCUCAGCUGCAUCGCCUAGUACCCCGAAUUUGACUGACCGGCUGAAUGGAAACGGCGUCGGAACUCCGAGUGGGGCAGCAGGACAUGCCCCCGUACUGCGUCUCUUUUUCCGUAUGGUGCUUUCGCGUGCGGCUUCCAGGAUUUACCAGCUUUGCAACCUUCUCGGCUUGGACUCUACGGACCAAAACCAGAUCUGGACUGCAGUGAAGGAGUGCAUCACAUCCCACCACUACCUUCUGAGGGACCGCCACUUGGAUUUGAUCGUGUUGUGUAAUAUUUAUGCCGUGUGCAAGGUUUCGCGUGGCCCGAAUGUAUCCCAAGCUGCGUCAACGAUGUCAUUCAAGCGUUUGCUGGCAUCCUACAAGCAGCUCAACAGACAAGGACCUACUGGCACCAAUGCAACGGGUGGGAGCCCGUUGGUUUCUUCGCGUAAUGGAGAAGGAGUGACGCACGGUAUCAAGCUUGACAGCGAGCAUUCGCGUGGAGAUAUCAUUAAGUUCUACAACCGCUGCUACAUUACGCCGAUGAAGGCCUUCAUUCUCCAGUUUCAGUGCCAGGAGUCGCAAAUGGCUGCCGCAGACGCGGUUGUGGCUGAAGCUUCAGGGGUGCCUCAAGCGGUUGCCCCAGGCUUUACUCCUCGACGAGAAGGCAGCAACGGUGCUAUGGGGCUAGCCACAUCCACGUCCGACGCGGAAAGUAUCGCUCAAGCCGCGUCGGAAGCUGUUCAGAAGCUGCUCAAAGCUCAAAGCAGUUCGUCAACCGGCGCCAACGACAGAAGCAGCGUGCUUCCUAGCACGCCACCCCGUCCCAAUCGCCGUGGCGUGCGAUCGUCGCCUUUUGUUUCGUCGCCGGCUGUGUCAGCGCUACAGAUGUUCACCUCGGCGGAAGUGGAAACGCUGCCGGUAUCGAUGCACCAGUCGUCGCCCAAGCGCGUUAAAUCCUCGAACGUGUACAUGUCGCCGCUGCAACAAGUGCGCUUGGAUCGGCGUUCGCAGCUGACGCCGCGCUCCCAUGCCCUUUACGCCAUUGGCGAGAGUCCGGCUCGGGUAAGUUACUGAGUUACGUGUUUUUCAUCGAUCUCGUCGGUUCCAAGAUCUGACGUGUUGCUGUUUGCAGGACUUGGCCUUGAUUAACCGUGCUGUCAACGAGCCCAUGCGCCACGGCCGUGGCCCCCCUCCACUCGUUGUGGAUAGUGACACUGAGCAAGACGGCGUGAGCCCCAGUGUUACCCCUGCCCGCAAGAAACAGAGAACUGUAGCUUGAAGUGGACGCACAAAAGUUGUAGCAGCAAGUAGCUUUGUAGAUUAUGCGUAAUAUGUGACCCAUUUUCGCUACAUUUGUGAGUUCGUGUCUGAUGAACGCCGUGUUAAUGAGGGGAAACGUAGGUCGCCGCUCUGCUCAGGAGUUGUGAAACAAAAUAUUUUUCGUUAUCUAAUGUGCUGCGGCUCUGACCCGUGCCGACUUCCGCGGUGCAUACAUGUGUCGGGCUAUUCGUUUUGUUCACUCAAUUCUGCUUCAAAACACAAUCUUCAUCUCCUCGGAGCGCCUGCGCUCCACUUAGAUGCUGGUGACUUCGACCUCCGGCUCAUCGCUUUCGCUGCUGUCUUGGCCGUUCAGAAUCGGGUGCGGGGUCUCGUCCUCGCUGCCCAACUCGUCCGUCACGGGGUCGUUGUCACUGGCGUUCAACCGGCCACGCAUUGCCGCGCCUUCCUUCAGCUGCCGCACCAGCCAGCCUUCGUCGGCCAUCGACAGGUCAUCGAACGUAUCGCGAGUCGUGUCGUACGCAAAACUAAACUCAUCAAAGUGCGACUCAUCGCUGGCGUUUGCGACAGUCGAUGCCUUCUUUCCGUUGACAGCCUUGGGGUUCUCACCAAUGGUUUCGUCCACGUUCAUGUUACGGAAGUGCUCGUGCACGUUCUGCAUCAACUCUUCAGUAGGCGGGAUGAAAGGCGGCUCCACCUCCUUCUGCUCAAGCUUCUCCCAGUUGAUGGUAGCGAAGAACGGGUGUGCACGCACACCGUCAAUGUCAAUGCGCUCCGCAGGAUCACGAACCAACAACUUCUGCAUCAGAUCGAUAGCAUCCUCGUCGAUCGGAGGGUACCGCUCGUACUUGACAUCCGCAGUCUGAAUCUUCUUAUACAUCUGCGAGAUGUUCGGGUCAAAGAACGGAGUGCUUCCGGUCAGCAUUUCGUACAGCAACACGCCGUAGCUCCACCAGUCCGCUUCCAUGCCAUACUGCGGCUUCUGCGUCAGCAACUGCUCCGGGGCAAUGUAUGCAGGGGAACCAGCGAGCGUUCCGGCCUGCGAGUAGUUGUGGCUACCCGGUUCUCCUUCAAGACGAAGCUGCUUCGAAAUACCAAAGUCCACAAGGCGGAUGUUGCCAGUCUUGUCCAGCAUGAUGUUGUCCGGCUUGAGAUCACGGUAGAUGAUACCGUGCGCGUGCAAGUAUGAAAGUGCAAUAGCGAGUUCUGCCGCGUAGAAGCGAGCGCGCUCGACCGUGAAACGCCGGCCACUGCUCGUCGACACGUUCGGGUCCAUCUUCGAGGAAUGCAUAUGCAAAUACAGGUUGCCACCCUUGUAGUAGUCCAUACCGAGAUAAAGCUUGGUCUGCGUCUGGAAAGCGAAACGCAAGCACGUCAGGAACGGGUGGCGGACGCCAGACAAGAUGCGGCGCUCCUUGAGCGCACUCUCAGCUCCUGACUGCUUGUCAAUAAUUUUGAUAGCGAAGUACUCGUCCGGGUUCAGGUGGCGCUGCACCAGCACCACGGUACCGAAACCACCCUGGCCCAGCACUCCCACAACGUCGAAGUCAGAGAACGACAACGCCAGCGAACGCUUUGUGAGGCAGUACUGGUGGAAGCACGCCGGGUGCUCCGCAAUCACCAUCGGGUUGGACGUAACACGGCGUGUCUUCGUUGCCGAUGCACUGCGCUGACGGAACGACAACACAACACGAGAGAUACGCCGCGCCGGGGUGAACGUGAUCUGCAGUCCAAACUUGCCUUCAGUCGUCGAGCCCGACACGGUGUUAAUCAGACGGUGUCCCGAAUAGCCGAAGGCGUG